GGGGGAUCAAGGUUCUCGUUUUUCGGGUUCGGGGGGAAUUCAACCACCGCUAAGAUGAAGAAGAAUGAUGAGGGGGGGGAGUCAACCACCACAACAACAACAACAGACACAACCACAACGCCACCAACAGAGUACAUCGACGCCGCCCUCGACGAAGCCGCCGCCGUCAUCUUCUACGCCUGGCCCCGGUUCCCGCACGAGGUGCGCGAGCUCACCAUCCUCCGGAAUUUACUGGGUGAGCGCUACGGCAAGGACUUUAUGGCGCUGGCGCAGGAUAAUAAGCUCGAGGAUGUCAAGGUGCCGGAGCGGUUGGUCAAGGGAUUGCGCGUGCGGCCGCCGACGGGGGAGUUGGUGGAUAGUUAUCUCGCGGAGAUCGCGAGGGCGUAUGGCGUUCGCUGGGGUUCUUCGUCCAGUGUGGAUGGGGAGGUGCCUGCGGAGUUUGUGGGGGUUACUGCUGAUGAUACGACUACUACUCCUCCUCCUGCUGCUGCGUUCCCCGGCGAGAGCGAGGACGGGCCACAUGGCGAGCUGCCGACCACGCCGAGAAAAGCGUCGGCUUCGCCUUUCGAGGAGAGGGAAGCGCGCAGGGCGUCGGAGACUGUCGCGUUGAAUCAGGCGACGCCGCCGAAGGGCUUGCGCGCGUCGCAGCAGGGCAAGAGUCCUGUGAGUGUGGCGCCGCCUGCCCCGCGGCUGGAUAAUCUGCAUCCGCGCGUCAAGGUGCCGGGGCAGGAUUCUCAGGCUGCAGCCGGUGCUGCGCAGGGUGGUGGUGGUGCUGCUGCGCCCAGGGCGAAGAGUGAGAUACCCGAAUUGGAUGAGUUGACGAGACGGUUUGCUGCGCUGCGGCGGUAGAUACCACUUACUACCAGAAUUGUAUGCAGGGAGUGGGUUUCUGUUUUCUUCUGUUUAUACGGUUUGCCAGUUAUACCUCCGUUAGCGAGUCUACUACCACACAUUCCUGGAACGGGAAUCUAUUAUAUAACGACCUAG